AAUUGUGUGGCAAGGAAAAAUAAACCAUUCGGCUACAAAAAAUGUGCAAUGUGAUACACAUGUGCUCGAAAGUUAUUUACGGUCCAUUGUAAUAAUUACUUCAAUUAAUCUACUUUGUGGUGGGCAACUUGUCAUCAGUUAGAAACGAUGGGGAAGAAAAAUAAGUCAGUCAAGAACAAGUCCGAGGGCACUGUGGUGUCCAAACAAUCCCCUUCAAUUCCAUCAUCAUCAAAGAAGAACUUUACGUCUGAAGAUGAGAGAUUUUCUGGCGUCCUCAACAACCCGAUCUUCAGAUCUGUGCCAAAGAAUGAAAAGAAAAUUGCUAUUGAUAAACGAUUCGAAUCCAUGUUUCAUGACAAAGGAUUCAAAUUGCGGUACAAGGUUGAUAAGCGAGGACGUCCCGUUAAUUUUACAACUGACGAAAACCUAAGAAAAUAUUAUAAUCUCGAGGACGAAGAUGGAGAAAGCCACCAAGUUAAAUCUGAGAGUUCAAGUUCAGAUGACGACGAACAAGAUUUGCCAUCCUCGGACGACGACGAGGAGGAGGUGGGAGGGAAGACUUCUGCUGGCGGUUCCAAGAGUUUGGAUGUGAAAGCGCGUUCAGAACUGCCAGAGUCUGUAAAAAAGUUACUUCACAGCAGCAAAGUCGAUUAUGCUCGAGGGGAAGGUGCAUUUGUAGGAGAGGAGUCUUCCGACGAGGAAACAACGUCCGAAGAGGAAGAAGAACAAAAUAAUGUUGAACAUGAAUGGGGAGAACUUGACAAAGAUGCAUCGAGAACAGAAGAUUCGACCAGACGCCUCGCUCUUUGCAACAUGGAUUGGGAUCGAAUAAAAGCUGGCGACUUGAUGCUGCUAUUUAGCUCAUUCUUGCCCCCUGGAGGAUCACUAUCUAAUGUUUCGAUAUUUCCAUCCGAAUUUGGAAAGGAAAGAAUGGCAGAAGAGGAUUUGAAAGGGCCGUUAGAAUUGAAGCAGUUUAAACAAGAGUACAACUCCGAUGAGGAGGUCGAGGGGAAGAAUGCCGACGACAAUUCUGACAAUGACGAAGGUUCAGAGUAUCAGAGAGAGAAAAUGCGUCAGUAUCAGCUAAACAGAUUAAAGUAUUUUUAUGCCGUUUUGGAAUUCGACUCUCCCGAAGCAGCGGAUAAGGUUUACACCGAAUGUGACGGUAUGGAAUACGAGUCCAGCUCUGCAAAAAUAGAUUUGCGAUUUAUACCUGAUGACAUGGAAUUCGACGAGACACCAAAGGAUACAUGUAAUGCGGUUCCUGAUGCGUCAAAAUAUCGACCAAAGUUUUUCACAACGACUGCACUCCAACAAAUCAAAGUUGACUGCACUUGGGAUGAAACAGAUCCCACACGCAAAGAUCUAAUUGCACGAGUUUUGGACCCCAAGGAAAAGAUUGAUGAUGAGGAUCUGCGUGCUUAUUUGGCGUCGUCGUCGUCAGAUUCUGAAGUUGAAACUGUUGAAGAGAAGGAACCAACUUUAACAAAAGGUCAUUCCGAGUCUGAUUCGAUUGCAAAGUAUCAAAUGCUCCUCGACUCUAUUAAACAGAAGGAGGAAAGUAAGAAGAAGGACGUCGAACUUGAAAUCAGUUGGGGAGUUGGACUCAAACAAAAGGCAGAAGAAUUGGUCAAGAAAAAGUCAAAGGAAGAUGAAAUUAAAAAACUGACUCCUUGGGAAGAACGAUUAACUAAACAAAAGGAAAAACGACGCCAGAGAAAGUUAGGAAAGCAAUCUGUGGUGGCGACGGAAAAAGGUUCCGAGUCGUCAGGCAGUAGAGACGACGAUGAUGACGACUCCUCUCUUGAUCAGCCUUUUAGCGAUGACGAGGUGGAUGUUGAUAUGAACGAUCCUUUCUUCAAACAAGAACUCAAGUCGCGCGGUCAGAGGGUCCAGGGUCAGAGAAAACAAGAUAAAAAGUUGGAAAGGCCAAAAACUGAUGCAGGAACGGACGAAAAGUCGAUGGGCCAACUGGACCUCCUCCUGCUGGACGACGACAAUCAAGGGAAGAAUCAUUUUAAUUUUAAGAAGAUUAUAGCAGUUGAAGCGGAAACCAAAUCCAAAUCUAGGAGAAAGAGAAAACUUCAACUUAAAAAGAAGAUACAAGAAGGAGAGCAGAAUGAUGACGAUGGAUUUCAAGUUAAUGUUGAAGAUACUCGAUUUUCUGCCUUGUUCUCAUCACAUCAUUACAAUAUUGAUCCUUCAGAACCCAACUUUAAAAGAACCAAAGGCAUGGAAAGUAUAAUUCAGGCUAAACAAAAACAGAAGAUAGCCUUGGACGACCGUGUUGUGAAAAAUGAAGGUCAAAAAUCAUCUCCUGGGGAAGAGAAGAAGACAAAGAAUCGAGCAGAGUUGGAAUAUUUGAUAAAUUCUAUAAAGAACAAGACAAAAAGUUUGAAAUUAAAACGCAACAGAUAAUUCAAUUACCUUAAUAUAGGACGACUAUUAGAUAUAAUUAAAAUGCAAUUCUUAUAGUUGAAUUAAUACAACAUUUUUAUAAGAUUGACAAACACUUUAUUAUAAAAAAAGUUUCAGACUAGUUUGUAACCA